AUGCUGAAGCCGGCUCUUCCCUCUGUGUUUCUUGUCCUGUUUACAAUACAAUGGUUUUGUGUCUAUCCUACACAGAGUACAUCGACAAGGCGGGCCGCUGCCACGUUCAAUGAUCCAGACUUUAAUUUACAGCAAUGGGCCUUUGAAAUGAUCAACUUGUAUCCUGUUUGGGAGAAAGGAUUGUUUGGGAAAGGAAUUCGGAUUCGAGUGAACGAUGGUGGCGUCGAUCCCAAUCACGCCGAAUUUCAAGGACGAUUUGAUAUCGAUGCCUCUUGUGACAAAUACGAGCCGUAUUUUUAUCGGGAGGAUUUUGAGUUUGGCCAACAUGGCACGGUGGUGGCCUCCUUGAUUGGUGCUUCCGGGAACAACAGUCAGUGUGCCAUGGGAGUAGCCCCGGAGGUGACCAUUUCGUCGUGUGUCGUGAUCGAAGCUCCCAGCUUGGACCGAACCUUUGGAGAUGGCAGUUAUCCAGCCUUCAAAUUGGACACCUUUGAUAUAUCUCAAAAUUCGUUUGGCAGAACUCCAUGUUAUCCAACGUUCGACUACAAUUUCUCUGGGACCUUUGCAGAUAUCAUGGAAUGUCCUUUUUUAUAUCGAGACAAUGAAGAUUAUAUCUUCGAAGGAGAAGUCUACAAUUUGACGCACCCCUGUGACGUUUGCGAAUUCCCGACUUCCAAUCCCGAUGAAGUGUGUUCGUUUGCGAUUUACGAACAUUGCGAUGCCUACUUUGAGAAAGAACAAGACGAAUGCUUGACCAUUCUGGAUGAGUAUAUUACUCGGGGUGAGUGCAGCUUCUGGCAAGAUUAUGAUCGAGUAUCGGAAGCCAUCGAAAAAGGUGCCACCGAAGGACGUGGCGGAAAGGGCGUUAUUUAUGUGUAUGCCUCUGGAAACAAUUUUGCGUAUGGGGACAACACCAAUUUCCAGCAGCAAGGUCGAUUCAUCAUCUUUGUUGGAGCGGUGGGAAAGAAUGGCCAGCACACACUCUAUUCGACGCCUGGCGCAUCAGUUUUCUUGACGGCACCUGCUGGUGACUACGAAGAUGCCGACACUCUCAUUGCGGCAUACGCGGGCGGAGGAUGCGACGAAACUGGUGUUGGGACCAGUUUUUCCAGUCCACUGGUAUCGGGUGUCAUUGCAUUGAUGCUCCAAGUCAACCCCGAUCUCACCUGGCGGGACGUACAAGGAAUUCUUGCCAAGACAUCACGCCCAGUCAACCACACUAUCUUUGAUGACACAUCGCAGACAACCAAUGGAGCUGGAUUGACUCAUUCCAACUUGUAUGGAUUUGGCCUUGUCGACGCCAUGGCCGCGGUCACUGCAGCUGAGAAUUGGACAUCGUAUGGCGAAGAGCAACUGAUCACAGCCAAAGUUACGGACCUGAACUUGGAGAUUGGAGAUGAUCCAUCUGUUCCAGUCAUGUCGGAGACUUUUGUAGAAUCCUCUGGUCCUCGAGUCAUUGUAGAGAAUGUAGAGGUGGACAUUUACCUCGAGCACUUGUCACGAGGUCAUUUGCAGAUUACUCUGACGUCCCCAGAUGGAACUGUUUCGGAAUUGGCGCCCGGUUCGCUCCCCGAAAAUGGUCAAGACGACCGACCGUGGGACUUUCGCACGGUUCGAUCUUGGGGAGAACUAGCCGAUGGGGUUUGGAAACUCUCAAUUGUUGAUAAUACUGAGGGCGAUGUCAGUACUUGUGCCGACAUGGCCGAUUGGAAGGUUUUGGAAAUCCCAUUUGGCAUCGCCUCGCCUGUUGGAUGUGAAUACUACGAAGUGCGUGGUGCACUUCAAGAUGGAGCAAAUGUGGACAAGGUCAACAGUCUAAUCGAUCAGGAUAUUCUCAAUGGCUGCUGCUCAUGUGGUGGUGGGCAACAAGUUAAUGGUGCCUGUGAGAGUAGUGCAGGAUUCAAUGCAACUUGUGCUGAAGUAGAAAGUGAGGGUAUUUGUGUCAAUGGUUCUCCAACAGGUGCUGCGGAAUUUCUGUUGCGAAAGGAUCCCAGAGGCAUUACCAUGAGAGAGGCAUGCUGCGUCGGAGGUGGAGGAACAAUCUACAAUGAUGCAUCGACAUUUCAAGACAUACUGUUGGGAUGGGAGCUGCGAAUUUACGGUCACGAAGGAUCACCUGCUCCCAUGGCUCCAUCGAUAGUUCCCCAAGUAUCCCCCACGAUGGGACCAUCGAUGGCUACUCAGCGGCCAACGAAUACGGAACAACCCAUAACUAUUCAGCCAACGAGUACAGUACCGGCACCACGACCUCCCUCCUCGGAUGAUGUUGCGACAUCGACAGCUUUUCGCCAGUCGUUAUCACACUACCACUGGGUGUGCAUAAUUUCGGGAAUGGCUGCUCUGUUCCUUUUGCACAAUUAA